GUAUAACAAUAUCAGAAAAAAAAAUAUUGGCAUCAUCCUCAACACCUAAGCACACGGCAAUUCAAAACCAUCCAUCUAAUCUAUUCAUUACUUUCACUAAUUUCGAAAAGCAGUUUUUUGAGGAAAAAAAAAUCUUGAAUGACCAUCAUAUCAAUUAACCAAAUAUUUUCAUAUAUUAGACCGAUAAAACAUUUUGAUAAUCUCAUUUAAAAUACUGUUCUGAUCAAGUGGUGAUCAAGCUCUUUUGAUUAAUAAUAUAGCGAAUUUGGUUCGAUUUGGACGAUUUCAAAAUUUAAAUUUGAUAUACAUAAAAAAGACGGGUCCGAAUUGGUUUAGUUUUAACACGAGUUUUAUCGAUAUUUUUUCCUCUUCAUUAAUUGAUUAUUGGUAAUUAUAUUGGGUGUUACAAAAAAAACUCGUAGAAAAAAUUUCUGGCGUAAUCGUAUAAAUACAAUUUCUGUAACAAAAAUCGUACAGUUUCGCAAAGGGAUUAUUCGGCGCAACAUAUCAUCAUGAGAUCGAAAUUGGUUACUAUACUUCUCACUUUGUCUGUCUCUCUGGUUGCGUCAAUUAAUAAACCACAAUUAGACCUGCUGGCACCAUUCAGCAGUAAUGAAGUCCAGCCACAAGUUAAAGCAGAAGGUAGAUCAAGUCCGCAAAGUCCAGUGACGAAAACCGUGUACCCAGAUGUCUCGAAACUUCCAUUACAAAAUGUGAAUUCAUUUUCGCAAGGACGUUCUGCCGAAUCACAGUCAACUGAUGCUGCGGCACAAAUACUGCGGAGUGAAAGUGUAUUAAACGUAGACGGAUCAUACCAAUAUUUGUUCGAAACGGAUAAUGGAUUAAAUGUAAAGGAAGAAGGACAACCAAAGGAGAUACCUGGAAGUAAUGAUCUUGCUAUGCAAGUGCAGGGCGGAUAUCAGUAUACGGCACCCGAUGGCGAAGUGAUUAGUAUGAACUAUAUUGCCAAUGAAAAUGGAUUUCAACCUACGGGCGAUCAUAUACCCACACCACCGCCCGUUCCCGAAUUAAUACAGAGAGCAUUGAACUAUCUGCUAGCUCACCCUCCGCAAAACCAACAAUAGAACAAAGUCAUCGCUUGAUGGGAUACUUUAUAAUACCAAAAAUCUACAGAAAUAUACAAAUAUUUUAUUGAUUAGAUAGCUAUUUCUUAUAUGGUUAGACAUUAUUAUGGAACAUUACUUUAUCGAAGUGUUCGAAUACGUUAUUCAUUGGUAAAUGUUAAGUAUCUAAAAUACACUUAUCACCACAAUCUUAGAGCGAGGAAAAAAUGAAUUAUUGCAUUUAAUGACUUGGAUGUUAUGACAAAUUUUUGUAAAAGUGUAUUGUGGUAUAUACCAAUGAAAUAUGUAUUCCACCAUAAACCUUUAUGUUACUCCAUACAGUUUGUAUAUUAAAUUUUCCCAUUUAUAUUUUUUCCCUUAAUUAGGUGAGUUAACACCGUCAACCGGUAUAGAAUACAUACAAUAUCAUAAGAAUUAUUAAUGAAUUAAUUAUACGGUAAUAUUCCACGAUAAAAGAUUGUUAUCUGCCUUUCUCUCUCUCUCUUUUCUAUUUUUGAUAUAAUUAUCUCGAAUAAAUAAAUAUUGAUGGAGUAAUGGAUCGCAUUAUACGAAAAACUGGACCUGCAAAUAAGCUGAACUAAAAUAUAUUCGUACGAUAAAGUCUCAUGAUUAAUUCAAUUGAUAAUACAGCCAUCAACCAUAAAUCCUAAAUCACAAAAUCAAUGUUUUUUGGAUGUUUGUUGGGUAAAUAAUAUAAAGACGAAAUGUAGCGCUUUGCUGAAUAGAAUAAUAAUUCAUACG